UGUAUAUAAGGGAUACGAAUGGUGAUGGGUCCAGUCAUUAAACAGUCAGUACAACUGCUGAAACCCAAAAACCCCCUGGACGACGACAACAUCAUCAUCUAGGGUUUCGCCAGCGAGUAACCAAAUCUUAGUGUACUACAAACCUAUACAAUCAUAAAUCAUAUAAAAUCUGAAUAUAAUUAGGGUUUCCAACUGCAAUUAAAAAGAAGAUUGAUAAUAUCAUCUGUUUCCACAAUCGAAUUGGUAGUGUUGCUUGUUGUUAAAAUGCGAAGAUUUCAGAAAUCAAAAUCUGUUUCUUGGACUUCAGACGCUAAUCUCUCUCAGGUCAAACUGUUUUUAUCAGAAGAGUCUCCUUCGUUAAUCGGGUUGAAUGCUCAAGAUCAUCCACAGGCGAAGGCAUUGGUGAUUUCUAAAGGAGCUGGAUCUGUGGAUAAAUCACCACCUGGUUUUGAUGGAACAAAUCCAGCAUAUAGUUUUUAUAACAAAUUUUCUAAAAUCCGCGUCAUUAACUGGAAAUGUCCUCCCAAAUUCGUAUUGGAUCUCAUGUGGCAAGUGGUUGCGGGUGAAGAAAGCAAAGAAGUUGAGUGUCAAAAUCAGCGGGUGAUGAGAGUGCUUGAAGCAGUUUAUCCUCGUCCAUCUGCCAUUCCUCCAAACCCUUCUAUGUUGACGAGGCAAGAUGAUUCUCAUGACAACACUCUACACACUCCUUUAGUUCCAAUUACUCCGAUUGAAGAAGAUGAUGCAGCAACUGAUACAUCAUUAAGUAACAUUUUACGAAAUGCUGUUCCAACAAGCUCAGAGUCCCAGCUCUGUGCUCCAGGAGUCCAUGGUCUUGAAUCUAGUUCUAGAAACAACCCGACUCCUCCCGCUAAUGUCAAUUCACCAUCAAAAACAGCCCUUGGUGCUGAACCUGACAUUGUAGCUGCUGCAUAUACUGCCUUGAGUGCACUGAUGGCAGACGAUAUUGACCCUGAUCUGCUAAUUAGAAUACUCAGGGAUCCAACUAUAAUGAAGAAGCUAGGUUCUAGCCAUGCAGCAAGCACCAAUAUUAAUAACAUGCCAAAUCCUAAGUCAGAAGGCAUUAGUUUGCCUGCUCCAUCAGAAGUGCACAUCAAGACAACAGAAACAGUGGGAUCUCCGUUGGUAAGUUUCCCUUGCCAACCAGUGCACACUUCUGUAGUUAGGCCAGGGCUUGUUCCAAAUCCACAUAACAUGCCAAACCAUAGGUCAGAGGGCGUUAGUUUACCUGCUUCAUCUGAAUUGCACAUUAGCAGAACAGACACAGUUGCAUCUUCAUUGGCAACUUCCUCUUGCCAAUCGCUGUGCUCUCUUGUUGGUAGACCAGGUCGUGUUGUGGAUAUCUGCCCGCUUCCUUCAGAGCCUGUUACAGUAGCUCGGCCUCUAGGGACACCUGUUGCCAAAGAUAUCAACUAUUAUAAGAGCUUGAUUCAACAACAUGGUAGCGAAAAGCAGCAGAAGCAGACACAGUUUAACUGUAAUGAAGUAUCAAGACAAAGUCAGGAGCCAGUAAGUCAUCCCAGAUCUAGGGAUCUGAAACCACAAUCGAUAAAGAAGUCUUGUAUUUUCUUUAACAGUUCGAAGGGAUGUUGGCACGGAGCAAACUGUGCAUAUCAGCAUGAUGUUUUGUCGCGGAAGCAUAAGGUUGAUAGCCUGCCUGAUUUGCAAGGUGCUAAGAGGAUAAAAGCGGACAAAUAGAUAACGGGUACAUAAUCAUGCAUUUGGAAUCGAAAGUAGAAUUUCUCAAUAGAGUUUGUUAAGAGCAGUACUUUGUUUUGUUUGCCCAAUCUUUUGGUUAGUUUUUCUUAAAAAAAACAUUAUAACUCUGCUCAUCAAGUUGGAAAUGGAUCAUCCUUUUCUUUAUCAGUAAGAGACACAAAGUAUUCGUCUGGUUUCGUUCUUUC